AUGCCGGUGUUCCAUGCCAUGGGGCGGGAGGAGGUCACUCUUUUCUUUGCAGAACCGUCCACCCUUCAUUGCUCGCUCUCCUUCAGCCGAUUCCUCACAUCCUGCAAUCACUUUAUGCGUCCAGCCCUUGCUGACUUCCCUUCCGGAUUCAACCUGACCUCCUUCUUCCUUCCUUUUCUCGUUCACUCUCUCCCCAAUCCCCUCCGUUUGCAUUGCAGAACCCUCUGCCCUUCAUCGCUCGCUACCCAACAGCAGACAAUCCUCUGCCCUUCAUCGCUCGCUACCCAACAGCAGACGUCCUCACAUCCAGUGACCACCUUGUCCGCUCAGUUGAUGAUGAGUCCCUGGAGAAGUGGCAGCAAGGUGAGAGAGGGGCGAGUAGCACAGAGCACGUACAACGUAGGCAUUCUGCACUUCCGCCCCACCGACCCGGCCAAGCGCCUUUCUGUCUUCAUCUUCUGCUAUUCCCCUAUCUCACAGAGCGCGUACAACAUAGGCAUUCUGCUCUUCCGCCCCACCGACCCGGCCAAGCGACUAGCUCGAGCAUGGGCAGAACUCCUCGCUACUGACGCCAAGAUAUGGGACCAGAACGGGUUCAACGAGCUCAUGCGGAAACACAUGGGGCCCGACGUGGAUCCUGCUGCUGGAGACCAUGUGUUCUGGGCGUUUGAUGGCAGUCUGAAGCUGGGGAUUCUGCCAGUCUCCGUCUUCUGUUCAGGCCACACCUUCUUUGUUCAGAACGGGUUCAACGAGCUCAUGCGGAAACACAUGGGGCCCGACGUGGAUCCUGCUGCUGCCGACCAUGUGUUCUGGGCGUUUGACGGCAGUCUGAAGCUGGGAAUCCUGCCUGUCUCGGUCUUCUGCUCAGGCCACACUUACUUCGUCCAGCUUUUCAGCACUUUCCCUCUCUCUCUCCCUGCUGUCCGGCCUUCAUCCCUCACCUCCUCAUAUCUCGUACUCCAUCUGCUAUCUUCCCCGCAGCAUCUGCACAAGGUGGUGGGUCUCGAACCGUAUGCUCUGCACGCCACUUUCCAGUUUGCUGGCACUCCAGGCAAGCGCCAUCGCUUCCGAGAGGCCAUGGCUUUUUACGACCCUCCAGAGUACUACGACCCGCCAGGUGGCAUCGUCUCAUUCGUCAACGACAUUCCCGAGGAGCUGCUGACGGGCGGCGAGCACACCCUCUCAACGCACUUCCACCUGGUCAACCACCAGCUGAAGAGCAUUCGUUCUGCUCUAGCUAUCGCCCUCAUUUUAAACCGGACCCUCGUCAUGCCAAGCACGUGGGCUCGAUUCGACCGCAUCUGGUACCCUCAUAAAGGCAUCCUCGAUAACACUGCAACGCCACAGCCGUUUCUCUGCCCACUCGACCAUAUCCUCAAUGUAGACAGGAUGCUUCCAGGGAAGCUUCCAGAAGAGGAGUUCGGGCCAGCAAUACCCUUUCGGGAAUAUUCUUUUCUUGACAACCCUCGUGUCCCAAAGGAGCUUCGAGCCUCCAAGCUCUCUGUGCGUAUCUGCAACGACACUGCUCCUGAUUGCCCUCCUGAAUUCCCUCAUGACUCCUCCAAGCUCUCUGUGCGUAUCUGCAACGACACUGCUCCCGAUUGCCCCGUAGAAACGGACGCUCAGGAUCUUCCCAGAGCUCACACACUCGAUCUGGUGCUCAGGAAAGGCGUACGAGAGAAGCAGUUGCGGGAAGCAUUAUCUCGGUUUUCUGAUGUGAAGUGGAUCGAGUUCAGUUUUCUGCACGAUGUGUUUGGCGGGUGGGAUGACAAGGUGAGUGCUGGUGGAAGGACGUGGGGCAGAGCGCCAGCGUCAGGAGCCAAACCCGUCGUUCUGGACGCCAAAAAGCGACUCGCGGAGUACUCUACAGGAACCACAUUGGACGUCGUCUUUAAGGAUCUCGGCCCUCAGAUCGGCUUUAAGACGGUCUUCUUCUGGGAGUACUUCGGUCCUCUGGUCCUCUACUCGCUCUUCUACUUCUUCCCGCAAGUGUUCUAUGUGGACGGUGCCAAGAGGAAGCUUAAAGAUGUCCAGACCUACGCACUCAUCUACUGGUCAUUCCACUACACGAAGCGCAUCCUCGAGACGUUCUUCGUCCACCGUUUCAGCCACGGCACGAUGCCGCUUCAGAACCUGUUCCGUAACUGCGGUUACUACUGGACCUUCGCAGCUUUCGUAUCGUUCUUCGUGAACCACCCGCUGUACACCCCAGUCAGCGAGACCCAGAUGAUGAUCGGAUUCGGCAUUGCUAUAGUCAACCAGCUCUCCAACCUCUACUGUCACAUCAUUUUGAGGAACCUAAGGUCCGGCUCGAGCUCGGGGUACCAGAUUCCGUCGGGCUUCCUGUUCAACUUCAUCACGUGCGCCAACUACACGACGGAGAUCACGGCGUGGCUGGGAUUCAACAUCGCCACGCAGUCCGUCGCCGGCUACCUCUUCAUGCUCGCCGGCGCCAUGCAGAUGGCCGAGUGGGCGCUCGCCAAGCAUAAGCGCCUCGUCAAGCUCUUUGAUGGCAAGGAGGGUCGCCCCAAGUACCCUCGGCGGUGGAUCAUGCUCCCUCCUUUCUUCUGA